GGUGCCUCCCAUUAUUGAGGACUGAGGACUGAGGAGGUCCAUAACCACAGCCGCCCGCCAGCUUUCCCCUCUCUCAUUCUUCGUCUUUUGAUUUUGUACCCACGGAUGGCCAAGACCAAGAGAGACGGAGGCAGCAGAAUGCGGGGAAUCUGCAUCACCAAGCCUGCAUUUCUCCUGCUCUACGUCUGGAUGCUAGGAGUUGUUUUCCCUGCAAAGAUCCAUGGGAACCCAGCCAACGAUCUCGUGGCGCUGAUAAACGGCAAGAGGGCAGCGAGCAAGCUGCCUGCGCUGCACAACAGCGCCGGCCUGGGGUGCAUGGCGCUGCAGUACAUCGCCGAGUGUAUCGACGACAAGGCGUGCAGCAGCGACAACACGGUGGCGUGCCAGCCCCCCGAGGCCCACAUCACCGAGGUGUACGCCGCCAACUGCGGGGUGGAGCUCCCCACGGUGGACGUCAUCUCCGGCCGCCUCAUCGGCUGCCACCGGGAGCGCGCCGGCCCGGACGACGCGCUGCGGGCCGUGCUGGCCUCAGCCACCGGCAACACCAGCAGCAAGGGCAGCAAGGCAAAUGCCUCCGAGGAGGCGGCGCUUUCCGUGAUCCGCGGCAAGGAGCACACCCAGGUGGGCGCCGGCUUCGACCGGGCGCACCGGCGCGGGCCCUUCUUCUGGUGCCUCCUCUUCAGCAGCGGGAGCGCCAACACCACCUUCGUGCUCGAGAACGCCGGCAGUGGCAUCAAGCAGAACCACGGCUGUUUCAGCGCUCCCGAUCGCCUCUCGUGCAACGCCACGCCACCGCGGCCGAACCGCAGCGGGCUCAUCGUCGCAGCGGCAGCUGUCCUCUUCCAUUUCCAUUUCCUUCUCUCGUAGAGUUAAGCUAAGCCGCUUUGGUGCUGGAUGAUCAGAUCAGAUCAGAACCAGUUGAUGCAUCAAUUAUUGCCAUGUCAUGUGAACCAACAUUCGCACGCCAAGCAACGGAUGAAUGAUUUCCUGGCUUC